ACAAAACAAACGGAAGGAAUGGAAGACAUCGGAAAAAAUCGUGGGAAUAUCACAGCGUCGAUGAUGCCGAGGGGAUGGCCCACUUCUUUCUUCCUUUCUCUUGUCGAAUUAUAGAUUUAUAAGGCGAUUUAUUUUGAACACGUAAUGACCUCUUUAUGUACGCUGGAGAUGAACAUACACACUGGUUUAAAAUUUUAAAUGGGGCCGGCUGGUUCCGCAUAUGCGCUUGAGUGCAUCGUUCGUGUAUACUCGCUCGUUGUCAUACACAUGAAUGAGACGCCAAAGAAAAGGAAAAGCAGUGUGCGAAAAUAAAACAACAACCUACAAUAAUGACCAGCUAGCUAACUCUCUCCCUCCCCUUCCCUCUGCUUUGGUUCUGUCACUCGAUUCUUUCAUCAUCCGUUUCUCCCACUAAGUAGGCGAUGAGUUUGUGAUAAUGGUGGUUGUUUUCUGAAUUUGUAAGAGUUUGGAGAGAGAAAGGGAAUUAAAAACAAAAUGUUCAGGUUGCAUAGGAACAAGGCGGCUAAAUCAGGGGAGAGGGUUGAUUUCAAAUUCUCAAACUUUCAGGCUACUCAGGUGCCAAAAGGGUGGGACAAACUUUUUGUGUCUAUUGUCUCCGUCGAAACAGGUAAAUCAAUUGCAAAGUCGAGCAAAGCAUCAGCACGGAAUGGAAAUUGUCAAUGGACAGAAACCCUGUCAGAAUCAAUUUGGAUUUCCCAAGAGGAUAACUCGAAGGAUCUGGAGGAGUUUCUCUUCAAGUUUGUUGUUGCCAUGGGAUCAGCUAGAACUGGGAUCCUUGGAGAGGCUACCAUCAAUAUGGCAAGCUACAUGAGUUCAAGUGCCUCUGUUUCAGUUUCAUUGCCUUUGAAGAAGUGCAAUCAUGGGACAAUUUUACAAGUAAAAAUUCAUUGCUUAACACCAAGGAUAAAACAAAGGGAUGAGGAAUCCAAAGACACAAAUUCCCAUGAAGAGGAUCCAAAGGUGGAUAAUCAUGAUACAGAUAUAAAGUUGGAUGGGUCUGAUAAUGCUGCAAAGAAUGGAGGAUCAUCCUCUAGUAAAGACUUGGAACCUACCUCACAUCCUGGAGAACUUGGGAGUAGGGAAACAAGUUUCUCGACAUCAGGUUCCAAUCACAGCUUUGACUCUGCUGGGGGAUUUGUAGUAAGGGGAAGUUUCUCCUCUGCAAACAACAUGAAUGGUGAUGGGAACAAACCCACUGGAAGAGAUGACUCAACCAGCUCCCAAACUAGUGCAUCUCACGACAAAUAUACCUUUGAAGAUCCUCCUCAAUCAAUUCAUUCAUUAUUUAAUUCAAGGGUAAUGGGUUCAGGAAAUCUUUCUCAGAAUCCUCCGCCAGACAUAGCUCUAAGUGCUUCAAAUGUUAUUGCCUCAUCAUCCUUGACAAAUGGUGGUUCUUCUAAAAACCUUCUGGAAGCUGCAGAAGAUACAAUAGAAGAGCUUCGUGCAGAAGCAAAAAUGUGGGAAAGAAAUUCGCAGAAGCUAAUGCUUGAUUUGGAAAUCCUGAGGAAGGAGUUCUCUGAUCAGUCAAAAAACCAGGCAACUUUGGAUAUGGAGCUUUCAGCAGCAUACUCAGAACGUGAUGCCUUGAAGAAAGAAAUUGAUCAACUGAAAAUAUUGUUAGAGGAAUCAAAGAUGAAACAAGCCAUGGGGGAGUCCACAUUUCAAGAUGAAGGAGCAACCCAUAUUCAAAAGGAACUAGAGGAUGAGAUAAAAUUUCAGAAAGAAUCCAAUGCAAAUCUUGCUCUGCAGUUGAGGAGAAGUCAAGAGUCAAACAUUGAGCUUGUUUCUGUCCUUCAGGAACUGGAAUUGACGAUAGAAAAGCAGAAAAUUGAGCUAGAGGAUCUUGCAGCUUUACGGUUGAAACUCAAUGAUGCAGAUAGCUCCAUCCAUGAGAGUUUAGCAGAAAACAAGGAUGUAGCACUCCAGCUGCAACAAUUGCAGGAUUCGGAGAAAAAUUUACAAGUUAAGGUGGGAUUUCUGGAACAAGCCUUGGAAGACAAAAACCAUGAGUUAGAGAAUGAACGGAGUUUGAGUAAUCAGGCUAUUUUGGAUGUUGAGACAGGAUACAAAUCCAAAUUAUCUGCUAAAGAAGAAGAAAUCGUCGACUUGGAAGCAAGAUUAUCUGAGUCUAUCAAAGGAACAAAUUCAGAGCAAAUGGUUGCCAAUAAUGGAGGUGAUGAAAGUCUGAUCAAAGAAAUUGAAGCCUUGAAAGUAAAGUUGGAGGAGCUAGAGAGAGAUUGCAAUGAGCUCACAGAUGAAAAUCUGGAACUCUUAUUCAAGCUUAAGGAAUCAAAAAGCAAAUCCAUGGGAGGAAGCGCAUCCUUUGAUUUUUCAUCCACUGAGGUUCCGGCUAAAUCCUAUUCCAGUUCUGAGUCAGAAGUGAGUGAACUUAAGCUCCAAAUAUGCCAUCUGGAACAAGAGCUGGAGAAGAAAGUGCAUGGGGAGGAUCAGCUUGCUGCCUUUGGAACAUCAACUAUUUUUUCUGAAGUAUUUAAACAGCUUCAGAUGGCUCUGUCUCAAAUAAAGAAACCAUGGUAUGGUGUAUCUUCUAAUGUGAAUGAAGAAUGUGGCUGCGAUAUUGAUAACUUAGUUGAUUUGAAGAGUGUAGAUGUGAUUGCUCAGAGAGACCAUGUGGAAUCUAUCUUGAACUGUUUAGUUGAACUGAACAGAUUAUUGGAAGCAAGGAUAAUUGAAUGUGAAGAAGUUCGCAAACAUGAUGAAGCUGAGAUCAGGGAUGGGAGCAGAACAAUUAUAGAGGCCCAAAAGAAGCUGGAAGACUACAUUGUAAAGGAAAAUAAUCUUUUUCGAUCGAUUCAUGAAAUUGAGAGUUCAAAGAUGGAACUGGAAGUUAAAGUUACAGAUCUGGAUAAGGAACUGACAGAAAGAAAGUCUGAGAUAAUAAAGCUUGAAGCUUGUCUGCUAUCAAAGGAAGAGGAAAUUGGUCUCCUUAGACAGUCCCAAAGGGAAUCAGAAAGUCAGGUUUCUGAGCUUCAAAAAGAAAAAACUCAGCUGGAGGAAAACAUUGAAAUUGUGGUGAGAGAAAGUAAUAUUACCUCCAAAUGCUUGGAUGAUUUGCGAAAUGAUUUAAUGGUGCUUAGCAGCAGUGUGGAUUCCCAUGUUUCUGCCAACAGGAUCCUUCGGAGGAAAAUGUCAGAGCUAGAGAAUGGAAAGCGUGAACUAGAGCUCCAUAUAUCCGAGUUAGAACUAGAGAAUGUUCAGUUAUCAGAACGCACAUCAGGCUUGGAAGCUCAACUAAGGUAUUUGACCGAUGAGAGAGCAUCCUGCCAGCUGGAACUAGAGAAUUCUAAAUCUGUAGCCUCGAGUUUCCAAGAUGAGAUCAGAAGACUGGCAAUUGAGAUGGAGACACAAAAGGUGGUUAUAGAACAAAAACUACAGGACAUGCAAACUAAAUGGUCAGAAGCUCAAGAAGAGUGUGACUACCUGAAAAGAGCAAACCCUAAAUUAAAGGCCACUGCUGAGAGGCUCAUUGAAGAGUGCAGCUCUCUUCAGAAGUCCAACGGAGAGUUGAGAAAGCAAAAACUGGAGUUGCAUGAGGGCUCUACUCUAUUGGAGGCCAAAUUGAGGGAAUCACAGAAAAGAUUUGCCAAUUGCUCCAAAAGAGUAGAAGUUUUAGAAGAAAAUCUUUCUUCAAUGCUUGAAGAUAUGGCUUCAAAAGAGAAAAUCUUCACUUCAGAAUUAGAUAUUCUACUUCAAGAAAACAGGAAACAGAAGGAGAAACUUAUUCUGGGGGAAAGCUUAUUCAAUCAGAGGUACUCGGAGAAGACAGCAGAAGUUGAGAAGCUUCAGAAAGAGGUAGAACACCUAAACAAUCAAAUUUCUGCAACCCAUGAUGAAAGAGAGAGAAUAACAUCCAAUUCUGUUUAUGAAGCAUCCAGCUUACAUGCAGAUAAAGCUAAACUUGAAUCUGAGCUUCAAGAAGUUCAGUCUAAAGUUAAAUUGAUUGAGAAUGAGCUCUAUAUUGUCCAACUGGAAUCUGAAGAAAAGGUACAAGGCUUGACGAGUGACCUUUCUAUUUCCAAACAAAAUCAUUCAAUGCUGAUGGCUGACCACAAAAAAAAUUUGAAGUUGCUGGAAAAUUAUAGAUCAAGUGAAGAGAAACUUAAGACCACUUUGAGUGAUCUUGAACUAAAGCUUACAGUUUCUGAAUAUGAGCGCCAACAACUCCUGGAAGAAACUGCUAGUUUGAAGGUUCAGUUGCAGAAAUUAGCACCUCUUCAGGAUGAAGUUUUGGCUCUAAAGGCUGAGUUUGAUGCAGCUAAAUUUGAAAGGGGAAAAAUGGAAGCUUCAUUGCAUUUAAUAUCUGCAGAUAACGAAGAACUCAAGGCAGAGAAGAUUUCAUUCAUUGAGAAGAUUUCUAGCUUGGAAACGUCCACAUCUGAAUUAGAGGACUGCAAACUAAAUCGAGUUGUAUUAGAAGAAAAGAUUUUGCGCAUGGAGGGUGAUUUAACUGCAAGAGAGGCAUUCUGUGCUCAGGAUGCUGAGCUGAAGAAUGAGCUCAGCCGGAUUAGGAGAGAAGUCAGGCAAUUUCAGCGAAAAGUAGAACAACUUGAGGAGGAGAAGAAUGAAUGCCUGAAGAGAGCCGAAGCCCUUGAAGAGGAACUGAAAUUGAUGAAGGAAGAGAAACAAGGUCGGAGCGAGUCCAGCAGUAAAAAAUUUACUGGUCUCUCCAAUGCCAAGGUGAAUCAUAUGACCUCAAAGAAUGAAACAGCAAAGAGCACCAAUCAACAUCGUGAUAAUAGAAGGAAGCAAUCCACGAAGACUGGUCAAGUACGAGAACUUUUGAAAGAUCAACAGAAUACCUACAGCACCCAACAUCAACAAGAGGGUGAUGAAAAGAAUGGCUUGCAAGAUAAAAAUUCUCAUGCUGUUGGAGUUGAUCCUGUUUCAAAGGUGCAGUUGCUCGAGAAUGAACUUGCUGAGGCAUUGGAGGCCAAUAAAAAGUAUAAAGUUCAGCUUAAAAGGUUGUCUGAUGGGCGAAAAGGUCCUGCAGAUUCUUCAAGGAAAUCAACAGCUGAUGGUGAAGUAGUACCAAAAGAAAGAUAUGAACGCACAAAAUCAUCCUUAGAGUCAGAGUUAAGAGACAUUCGUGAACGCUACUUCCACAUGAGCCUCAAAUAUGCAGAGGUUGAAGCUCAGCGUGAGGAACUUGUGAUGAAGCUCAAGGUCACCAAGAAUGGAAAGAGGUGGUUCUCAAAAAUCUGUGGCCCGAUUAGUGUUUCUGUUCUGCGCCGUUUUGGAUAUCGCAGUUUUGUUGUCUCUGGGUUCUGGAAAGGUAUGAAACGCGAGUUAGCUUUUGCAUUGGAGGUUCAUUCCCAAUGCGGUUUAAUCGGUCGGACUCGGUCGACGAAGGCUCAGACUCAGAAUGAAACUAUUAACUGCAAUGGGGUUGCUUGGAAUGAGAGUAAUAAGAAGCUGAAGACCUUGAAUGAUGAGUUGGAGGGGAAUGAUUCUAGUGAUCGGAUUCGCGAGACCAAGAAUCGAUGGGAUGGGGUCAUCCAGUAUUCGAGAAAUAAGAGACUGAAGCGUUUGGAAGAGUCCAAGAAUGAUGAGAGAAGAACCAUUGCGGAGGAGCCAAAAGAUGAUGAAAGCACUACCGAUGAGGAGCAGAAAACUGAUGAGAAUGACCCUGUUGUCGUGGAGAAACCUACGGGCGGCUAUUUGGUGGGGCCCAUUUGUGAAGAGGAGCCGAAGAGCCAAUCCCAGAAAGCUUCAAUCAAGGACGAAUCAAAUGAUGGUAGUCUGAAGUUGCAAACUGCAGGACUGAUCGAUGAGAGCAAGGAGAUAGAUAUUGCGAUGGAGGAGAAACUUCCAAAGCGGUUUACAAGAUCAGCAUUAAAAUCGAAGGAGGACACUGUGGAGAGUUUGGAAUCAGACUAUAAUUUUUGCAAUUCUGUUGCCAUAGGAGUUGACGAGAAGACAAAUGGUGCGGUAAGAUCAUUAACAAGUCCAAAGAAGUUAGGACUGAAAAUGUCAAAAAAGAUUGCCUUGAACAAGGUUCCCUUGACAAUAAGGGAUCUUCUCGAGACUGGCAUGCUGGAGGGAUACCCUGUAACUUACGAUGGUAGAAAGAAGGGCUAUAGGCUUCAGGGAACUAUCAAAGGCAAUGGGAUCUUGUGCUCAUGUUCUUUGUGCAAGGGAAGCAGAGUUGUUUUGCCUUCCCAAUUCGAGCUCCAUGCUUGCAAAUCAUACAGACAUGCAGCAAAGUACAUUUACCUUGACAAUGGUAAAAACCUUCAUGAUGUGUUGCAUGUAUGCAAGGAUGCUCCUUUGGAAACAUUGGAAGCAACUAUUCAAAGUGCCAUUGGUUCAUUUCCAGUAAAACGAUCUUUACCUGCAGAUGAAGCUGCAAAAAUGGAUCCACUAGGCAAUUCAUGCAUUAAGAGAAACAACUCACCAGCUACUUCAAUUCAUAGGACCAGUGAAAGAGCUAGGUUGUUGAAACCAAUUCCAGUUACAAAGUCCUCUGGAAGUGCAUUGUACAACUCCUCAGAAAAUAAGAGUCUGGGGAAGAUAACAAAAAAAGAUCAGAGGUUGCACAGAUUAGUUUUUGAGGAAGGCGGGUUACCUGAUGGAACUGAAGUUGCCUACUAUGCAGGCGGAAAGAAAUUGCUGGAUGGUUAUAAAAAAGGCUUUGGAAUAUUUUGUUGGUGCUGCCACUGUGAGGUCAGUGCCUCACAGUUUGAAGCUCAUGCAGGUUGGGCCUCACGUAAAAAACCCUAUUCAUACAUUUACACAUCAAAUGGAGUGUCACUACAUGAAUUGGCAAUUUCUCUAUCAAAAGGCCGUAAAUAUUCUGCUAGGGAUAAUGACGACCUCUGCAGUAUUUGUGGAGAUGGUGGCAAUCUUUUGCUUUGUGAUGGAUGCCCUAGGGCCUUUCACAGAGUAUGUGCAUCUCUACCAAGCAUUCCCCAAGAUGACUGGUACUGUCGAUAUUGCCAGAACAUGUUCCAACGAGAAAAGUUUGUGGAGCAUAACGCCAAUGCUGUAGCAGCUGGCAGGGUUUCAGGAGUGGAUCCCAUAGAACAAAUAACCAAGCGAUGCAUUCGUAUUGUUAACCCAGAAGCUGAAGUUAGUGCAUGCGUGUUAUGCAGAGGUUAUGACUUCAGUAAGUCAGGAUUUGGUCCACGCACGAUUAUACUGUGUGACCAGUGUGAAAAGGAGUUUCAUAUUGGCUGUUUGAGGGACCAUAAGAUGCAAGAUUUAAAGGAAUUACCCAGUGGGAAAUGGUUUUGUUGCUUGGAAUGCAUAAGGAUCCAUUCCGCUUUGCAGAAGCUGCAUGUUCGUGGAGAGGAGAAGCUUCCAGACUCUCUGCUGAAUGUUAUAAAGGAGAAGCAUGAGAGGAAAGGUUUAGAAAGCAUUGCUGAUUAUAAUGUAAGAUGGAGGCUCCUUAGUGGCAAACUUGCUUCUCCUGAAACUAGGGUGUUGCUCUCUGAGGCCGUUGCUAUCUUCCAUGAUCGCUUUGACCCAAUAAUAGAUUCAGUGACUGGACGUGACCUUAUUCCAGCCAUGGUUUAUGGAAGGAAUGUAAGGGGUCAGGAUUUCAGUGGAUUGUAUUGUGCAGUCAUAACAGUCAAUUCACAUGUUGUUUCGGCUGGAAUCCUUCGAGUGUUCGGACAGGAAGUGGCAGAGCUCCCUCUGGUUGCAACUAGUGUUGAUAACCAAGGCAGGGGCUACUUUCAGAUAUUGUUCUCCUGCAUUGAAAAACUUCUGGCCUUUUUAAAUGUGCGGAGCUUUGUGCUUCCGGCUGCUGAAGAAGCAGAGUGUAUAUGGACUAAGAAAUUUGGCUUUAAGAAGAUAACGCCAGACCAGCUUAGCGAGUACAGGAAAAGCUUCUAUCAGAUGAUAAGCUUUCAAGGGACAUGUAUGCUAGAAAAGGGGGUUCCUGAGUGGCGGAGGAUUAUCCAUCAAAAAUGAAAAUAUCAAAGUUGGUUAUGGUGUUAAUACAGAGCCUUAGUUAGACUUUAAAAAGAAGAGCCAUGGUUAUGGCAGCAGCAUAAUUUUUGAUGAAAGACGAGAAAUAAGAUUCAGCAAAGUAUUAUGAACUCCAUAAUGCUUUUCCUUGUUAGAGAGAUGUCAGACGAGAUGAUGGUCUUUAGUUUUUGGAAGAUCACAGGGAUUUUGGUUUUGUGAAGGAGCGAGGGCUUUUUUGAUUGUGAAUGAUUUUGGUCUUUUUGGAUUUUUGUAUAAAGUAUUAAAUAUUCAAUGUCAGCAAUUUGGGCCUUUAGCUA